UCACGAUACUGAUAAAAACAAGUCAACAAGUUUGUAAUAAAAUCGUUUUAAUUUAGUUUUUAGGACAUAAUCGUAUAAGUAACUCAUUAAAAUGUUAUUCAGGAACAUCAUAUUUAAUUCAGUAAAAGAACAACUGCAUAGAAGUGUUUAUUUCUCCACUGCCGCUAUUCCAAAGGAAAAUAAGAUAAAAGUAGGGGCACACGAAAUCAACUAUGUGAAGGUUGGCAAAGGACCACACACUCUGCUCUGUACUCCCGGCGCUCUUGGCUCAAUAUGGACUGACUUUAAGAUGCAAGUGGAGGGAUUCGAUCAGGACAAAUGCUGUGUAGUAGCUUGGGAUCCUCCAGGGUACGGAAAAAGUAGGCCACCAGAAAGAGAAUUCCCUACUGACUUCUAUGAAAAAGAUGCAGAUGCUGCGAUUUCUUUUAUGAAAGAGCUCAAUUUUCCAAAGUUUUCUCUUUUGGGUUGGAGUGAUGGUGGAAUUGUGGGUCUGAUUCUCGCAGCAAAAUAUCCAAAUGCUAUAAACAAACUAGUAGUGUGGGGAGCCAACUCUUUUAUACUGCCACAUGAGCUAGAAAUAUACAAAAAUAUAAGAGAUGUAAGUAAAUGGUCAAAGAAAAUGCGAGAACCAAUGGUAGAGUUGUAUGGGGAAGAAUACUUCCCAAAGCUGUGGUCAAACUGGAUUGAUGGAGUAAUAGCUGUAUACAACAAGAAUGAUGGUAACAUUUGUGCGGAGAUGCUGAAGAAUAUCAAAUGCCCAACAUUCAUACUGCAUGGUGAAAAAGACCCCAUGGUGGAUAAUGUGCAUGUGUCACACUUGCAUACCCAUAUUGAGGGAGCCAGGAUUCACCUCUAUCCAGAUGGAAAACACAAUAUCCACAUAAAAUAUGCGCAAGAUUUUAACAAAAGAGUGCAAGACUUCUUGCUGCAGCCAUAACACAUAUUUUGAAAAUUGCGACGCGUCAUGUUUUUCGCCUACUGCAUAUUCUCUAUUGUUCUAUUAUUAUUUGGGUACAAAAUUUUGCUAUGAAAAUAUGGAAGCCAUUUCAACGCGCGCAUUUGCUCUUCAACGCUCAUUCGCGCUUCCAUUUCAUUUUGACGACCUUUGUGACUCAAUGGUUGAACGUGUGGCGGUUUGAAUCCCGCCGACAGAACUUAAAUAAAAUAACCACAAUCCACAUAUUAUUAUGCUGUAGGCGAAAACCAUAACGUCACUUCGACUCUGCCCCAGUGAGUUGAACCUAAAAAUUUUACAAUACGAAUUUAUUUUUUUAUAUAUAAUAUUUCGUCUAUCCUUG